CUCGCGGCGGCGACAGGCACGGUACCUCUCCCACACGGUCACGUCGCGCCACGCCUCCGCCGGUGCACACAGCGUCUGGUGACUGGCGGUCGGCGUACCCCGCUCGGCCGGAGCCAUGCCGGCUGGACGGGCGGUGUUCUGGGCGGCGGCCGCCGCAGUCCUGAGUGGGGUCGCGGCGCAGAAGGCCACCGAGUGUAGCCCCGGCCCGUCCGUGGCCGCCACGGUGUUUGCCGUGCUGCUGCUGCUCUGCCUGGGCGUACUCGGAUUCGUGCUGUAUCAAUACGUCUGGAAGCCGCGCCACUGCCCGCCACUGGAGAAGGUGGUGUUAGCAGAACGCGGAGUUGACGAGGGCAGGUUCGCAUUUGACAAUCCGUACUUGGAAGCAGAAGAUGACAUUGGACGGAAAAGUACCCUUCCGUGCCAUGAUGUUCUGGCGCCAUGCGAAAAGACAGAUGCCUCUCGCAGCGGUGACUCGAAGGCAGCAAAGAAAGGCGGCUUCAGCGUGUUCUCUACCGCAUCGAAACAACCGCGGACACGCGCCGCCGACGACUCGUCGCUGGCUCAGCCGGAGACCAUCACCGUCCCAUUGCGUGGCCACGACUUCACCGGACUGGGCUUCAACAUCUGCGGCAACAUGAGGGACGGCAUCUUCAUCAAGGACGUGUCGCAGCACGGCCCGGCCAUGGAGUCGGGGGUGGUGCAGCAAGGUGACCGCGUGACGGGCGUGACGGUGUCGUUCGGCCAGAUGGUGCUAGAGGACGCCGUGUCCAUCCUCGGCUACGCCUCGCCGUACGACGUGCAGCUUCACCUGCAGCGCGAGCCGGGCCGGCGUCGAUUCACCACCUCAGCCCCGGCCACCACCGCCGCCAGGCUCAGACACCCAGCCUUCCGCAGCCAGAGCUCCGAAGACCUGACCAAGAUCAGUGGGGCGUCGCUUCCGCUGGCCAAGCGUCCGCAGCCCGCGAAAUCGGGUCGCCCCACCGCCAAGGGCAGCUCCCUGCAGACAGAGUCGAGCACCGCUUCUAGGCAGUCGCCCACUGGCGAGAAAUCCUCCAAGGCGACGCCAUCGGAGAGCCGCACCGAGACAACUCUCCACGUCCAGCGCAGCCAUCCAGCGGCCAUGCGUGUAGGCUCAACUGCGGCGGGCUUCCGAGAGAUGGCAAUUGAUGUACCCGAACGCUUCGAGGCCGACUCGAAAGGAGACAUGGAGAGUGCAUCCGCUCCGUCCAAGGUCCACAAGAUCGGGAUCAGAGUGCUGCCACUGCCGACCGACCCGCCGACCCAAAAACGUCCCGGUGGGGCUGGUGCGGAGAGCCCCGUGGGUCCAGCGGGUGCCGCGACUCCGGUGAGCCCCACAGCCGGUGAGACGCGUGACAGCCGCCGCAGCGUGGCGCUGGGCGUGCCAUCCCUGCGGCUGGCAGCCAGGGAUCACGAGGGCUUCAACGUGGAUGCGUGCCUCACCAAGGUGGCCAACGACAUGCCGUGCAGCCGGGACAUGGACGGCGAAACGGGCGAGCCGACGACGCCGCGCAGCCUCGGCGACGAGACCGACCACAGGCGCGUCCGCAUGGGCACCUCUAGCUUUAAGAGGCAGAACAGGGUGGACCAGACCUCGCUCGACCGGGAAACUGGCUUGCCGAAUGAGACGGAGAAAGGCUCGGCGAAUGAGGUGGUCGGUGACACGCAGGGCUUGCUGAAGAUUGCUGGAGACGGCGACAUUAGUUUGAGUUCUACGGAGAUAACUGAAGAUGGGUUUGCUGCUGAAAAGCUUCCCACCUCACUGACGGAGCAGCGCGAUCAGGAGUUUCCACACGAUCAUCCCUCGGGAGAAGUGGAGCAAGACAUGGAACUGAGCCAACGCGAAACGCGUUCCAGGAAAGGCAGCAACAGCUCUAGUUCCAGCUCAGAUGUGGAAGGAAGAGCCGGGGAUUUGGAUAAUAAAACCCCAGCAGUAGGUCUUGAUCCGGGCAGGAACGCCACGAGUGUGGACAAGACUCGCCAGAGGAGCUCCAGUUCCAGCUCCAGUAGCGCCAGUUCCGGAGCGCAGCGACCAGAGAACAUGUGGCAGGACAUGCCCGACGAGAUGCGGCUGGCGGCGGGAGCAGCGCAGGACAGGAGAGGCCGGCAGACCGGUCGGCAGGCGCCCCGCAUCCACGCCGGUCUGGACGCAGCGCUGGCCGCGGGGAACGAGAACACAGCACCCGGCCAGAUGGAGGAGCACGCGCUCGACGCGUCUCCCAGGGAUGCGAGCGGGGGCGAGGCUGGGCCGGUGGAUGAGGAGGAAGUCAGAAAGGUGGUGCGGCCCGAUGUCGUCGAACUGGAGAAAACUACAGUGUCGCGACCAAAGAUUGACAAGCUGGAAGCGUUCAAGGAAGUGUUGGCCAUGACGCCUGCCCAGCUCGUGAAACGAAAACGAGAUGAUGUGGAGGAGGACGUUAUUGGUGAAACAGUGGAGAAGAGCUCUGCCCACAGAUCUUCCGAACCACAGGUGGACAAAAUGCCCAGAAUCACUGGUGAAGUGACCGGUAUCGUCGAGGUCGGCGAGAAAAAAUCGAGCAAGACAAAUCCAGUCAUCGUCAGCGCCAUAGAGACUAGCCCGCGCUCAGCCAGCCCCACCCAAUCCCACGACAUGGCAACCGAAGGCGGGAGACGAGGCAGCUCGCCGUCUGGCACGUCCUCUGGCUCGCCGGACAGCGGAAGGGCCGUGACGCGGCCGCCACGGCCUCCGCCGCCGCCGCCGCCGCGGCAUCCGGCCAGCGACGGCGACGGUGAGCGACUGAGCUCCUCGACCGGCGACCUGAGCAGGCAGGGCCGGCCCGAGUCACCGCCGCUGGGCCGCGCCGUCUCGCUCGAGCUGGCGCGGCCAGACUCUCCCGAGCCGAGCGGCCAACCGCGGCGUCUCUCGGCGGCCGCCUGCGAGGGGCCGCAGCUCGACCUCAGCCGCGUCGGUCGGCAGGACGGCGAGGACGGCGGCCACGGCCGCUACGGCGAGCUAGUAACGGCACCCGGCCGCGUGCCGCGAGACUCGCUUCGCAUCUCCCCCGAACCGUCCUCAGAUGAGGAGAAUGCAGAGGAGACUGGUCAGGUCUCAGGCACCAACGGACAUGGGAAGGCCGGCUCGAAUCAUGUACCGCACCCAAAGGCAGCCGCGCCUGUGGCGCCGCCUAUAGUGUUGGCAGUACUGCCAUCUGUAAAAUCGGAGCAGCCCCGAUCGGUGCUGAACGGAUCGGAAGCCCACGCGGUCGACCACGCGGCGCAUUCCUCAGCAGAAACAGCCUCGAGGACGGCUGCUGAAGACCACGGUCCGAGUCGGCCAGAGCCGCGUGUGCCGCCCACCCCGGCACCGCGGUUGGCGCCGGCGCCGCGGGCCGACCUGGAGGUGUUCCAGAUCAGCGAGCAGGAGCUGGACGAUGUAAUGUUGUCGCACCGGGACUACCUGCGGCGGGAGGCCGAGCGGCGCGCGCUCGUAUGCCGGCUGGCUGCAGACGAGGCGCGCAGGUCGAGCCCCGCCCCCGAUCCGUAGUAGGCCUGGCCCGUCCUCACGCACGACGGUGAGGCACAGGCUGAGACUGUGCCGGGCUCCGGACCACCAAAGUGAUACGAUACCCUUUGAUCCGGAAGAAAAAAACCGGACUGUAAACUCGCUCUUUGCGCGCGGAAAAGAGAACCCAGCUAAGUCAGAUAUUUUCUCCGUCAGACAGCGAAAGCAAGUGCAGACUGCCCUUGAGAAGAGUGGGCAAGAAGUCUGAAAGGUGUGAAUUGUGGCGUGGUCCAUCAAAACCCGACCGUCGCUUGUUUCAGUGGACCGGCGCCGAAGUAAUUCACCGAUAUAAGAGAAAGCAAAAGAGAACAUAUAGACCGCUAGAUUUUAUAUAAGUGAUGACACAAUCAAUGAACCUUAGAAGGGUUUCCAAUAAUGAGACGGUUCAGACAGUGACAGCGUACGUUGUUAGGCCGUCCCACCACAUAAGAGACGAAUGCUCGUAAUCUCAUUAACAUCGACAACGGUGGUAAAAAGAGAUCAGUGAGCGGCUCCCAGAUGUCAGACAGGUGUAUAUAUGCUCCGGUGCAGGGGGAAGGUGCACACUUUCAUCAAGUUUUCUAAGGUUUAACGUUACGCUUAUGGCUUUUCAUGAAAAGAAAUGCCUGCGAAAACCUCGAUGCCUGCCGAUAAUCUUUAUCCGUGGCGGAGCCAACGGACAGCAAAUAGUCGAGCAGGUGAUCGAGCAAACGUCGCAGUGCGCCAGAGGUGGCGCGGUGUUUUGCACUGUGUCGUAUUGCACGUGCUUCACUGGCGCCGUGAGGUCGCGUGGAUUAUGCAUGCAUGAAUCUGUGACCUAACCACAGGUUUCGCAGGCGAAAGACCAUGGCGCUGCCGGGAUUAGGUCAUCAAGUGCGUGCCCCGGGGGCAUGGGGCUGUGCAAGGCUGUAUACGCGGCCACCUAGGAAUUACAUACCGUCCACGUGGCCGGCCAUCGGUGACUUACGUUCAGUGGGCCGCGGCGGUGCUGUGCUGGAAAAGGAGGACUAAGCAUGAACUUAGUCAAAUGACUGACCGAAGUGCAUGUUGAAGCAGUGACUUCAACUGAGUGACUACUGAUCACGCGUUGUAUGCUUCGUGAGCGGAGGCUGGGAAGUCGUGUCUGUCGCGAGCCGUCCGAGCGGCGGUGAUUUGAUGAUCAUUCAGUGUUUUAGCUUACGGUUUGGGCAGUGCAUUUCGCAGACAGCUACUGCACAUUGUAAAAGUGGAGCGGUUCUUAACGUCGACCAUGAUCUUAUCAUUGACCUCGGCAACCGAACGAAUGUGAUGUGUAA